AAAAUAAUAUAAUUAUAAAAUUACCACAUCCUCCAUAUUGUAUAAAAGAUGUUGAAAUUGGUUAUAUUUAUAUCAAAUAUUUACUUCGUAAAAAAGAAUUUACACUAUUUAAAGAAAUUUUAAAUAACUUGGUUUUAAAUUUCCAUUCACUUUCUUCACCAAUCACUCUUGAUCACAAAUCAAAAAAUCCUUCGAUAGACAUUUCACUUCUUGACAUCAACGUAUUAGAAGAAUUCGCUUAUAUAUCUUGGAAACAAAAUAAUUUUGAUAAUUUAAGAUGGUUACAAAAAAAUAUUAUAGAUAGAAUCAACAACAUUAAUUCUCAUUCGAAUUCUUCCACAAGUUUAAUCUCAAAUCAUAAUAUAGAUGCUGCUAAAUUACAAAAUUUUAAAACUCUUUCAAGGUGGUUAAAAAAUUGUAUGAAAAUGUCAACUGGUAAAGAUAAUUUACCAUCCUCAUCUACGGAAGUUAUAUUUAAAAGUUUAAAUCAUCUUGCAAACAUUACUAGUAGAAAGUCGUCUAGGAAAUAA